AUGAUAUACUGUAGUACGAUAUGUCAAGGAAAAGGCGAAGAAGAAAUGGAGAAGGAUAACACCAACAAAGAAAUAAUAAGAGAAUUACAACAAGAGGUUAUAGAGAAGGAUAAAUAUAUUGCCUCUAUGAAAAAACGCUCAUUGGCUUUUGAGGAUGAUGUGAUUGAAAUUGAAAAAAAUUACAACGACGAUAUCCAGACUUACAAGCGUCAAAUACAGAAUAUAGAGCAACAACUAGCAUAUUUAUCCUCAAAAAACAGUACAUUGCAGGAACUGACAACCUCACUUCUGAUGGAAGAGCCUCCUGUUGCGAAUGAUAUUAGGGCCACAAGUUUCCAAAUGAAGACAACCGAUAUGUGUAAAAGCCAGCCGAUAGAACAUGAAUUCGACGAACAUCAAACAGAAUCGACUUUUGCCCACUGUGCAUCUAUCGUUUCCCCUAUACCCCAGUUAGACGGCGAAGUAGCAGCAGAAUCUGCAAGACAAACUCCAACAGAAUUCGAUGAUGCACCAAUAAUCGAUAUAGUACCAUCAGGUGGAUCACCGACGCACAAUUCAAGAGUUAACCAACACCAGAGAAAGAUACGUGAUGAAAAUUUGAAAAUAAUGAACGUAAACAGUCGCUUUCCUGGCAGCACCCAUGAUAGUUUUAUAUGGAGUCAGUCACGAGACGAGGGAUUUCUGAGAACAUUGUCUGAAGAAUAUAUGGGCAGCUUCUAUUUACUAGGUGACUCUGGAUACCCUCUACGCCUCUGGUUGAUAACCCCUUACCUACCAGAACCACCUCAAGACACUCCAGAAUCAAGGUUCAGUAAAAAAAUUAUCCGGGUUUCUAUAGAAUAAUGCUUUGGAUUAUUAAAAAACAGAGUUAGGUUUCUACUGAAAGACAGAGUUUUACAUUAUGCACCAGAAACUUGUGCAAAAAUCGUAAACAGUUGUGCAGUUUUGCACAACUUAUGCUUAGAAAACAAUAUUCCAGUAUAUAAUGAUCAGGAAGACGUAGGUGAUGGUGACAACUUCAGUGACGCCUUGGCAGAAGAGAGGGGCAACUUGCCACAUAAUAAUUUUUUGGAGAGUGGUCGACACAUACGAAAUUUCCUAGCGAGAACUUAUUUUUGAAAUAAAUUAAUGGAUACAUUAUAGUAUAUUUAUCUCAAUAAAAGAGUA